CACCAAUGGGUACCAUGAACAGCAUUGUUUUCUAACCCUACCCCUAAACCAAACCUCAACCCCAAUUACGGUGCCAUGCAGGUCAGAUUUACCCUCGCUGGCAGAAUGUGGGGGCUGAUCUGUUGGGCAGUGAUGGCCCUGCAGCUUAACACAGCAGGUGCUGAGAACCCCACAGAUAUGGAGGCAGGGGUGGAGCCCCAGCCAUCAUGCCCAGCCGGGUGGCAUCAGAACGGGCAUCGAUGCUUCUCCUUCUACCCCGUCUGGGCCACCUGGGUCUCAGCUGAGCCUCGGCUAACACAGCGUUCUCCGUCUCUCCAGUCCUACUGCUCCCAGCGUGGAGGGAACCUGGCAUCAGUUCACAGUCCAGAUCAACAGGUGUUCAUCCAGGACCUCGUCAGGAAACACACAGACCAACCCGUCUGGAUUGGAGGCUAUAACGUGGCUCAGGAGUGUUUGUGGCUCUGGAGUGACGGCUCAGCGUUUAAUGAUUUCCACUGGGAGGAGAAGGAGCCCAGUAACUCUGGACGAGGUGGGAGCUGUAUGGAACUACACACUGGAGGUGGGCGGAGCUGGAAUGAGGCCUCUUGUGAAGAGCUGAGAUUCUACGUUUGCUCGACGAAGACGAGAUCUGAUGUAACGGCAGCGUCCAGUCGGAAGAGAAAACCCCAGAUUGAGUUGGCUGCAGGUUUGAGUGUGUAUGACCUCCUCUGGGAAAGCGGUGAGAGAGUAGCACAGGAGACCCUCUACUCUGCCUUCCUCAGGGGAAUGUAUUCCAGACGCCUGCCUCCGAAGAGCUACAUUGAUUUCUGCCACCAGGAGGCGCUAUAUCUAACCAGAGUCAUUUCCAUGCUGGAGGAUCUGAUCAGAACAGUGCAGGGCCCGGAAGAUAUCAAGCUGUUUCUUCAGGGAACACAUCAGCUCUACCAAGAUUCCCUAAAGGAGUACCAGAACCAAGUUCCACAGCACCUGAACCUGUCCUCCAUCCAGCCCUCUCCAGCCAUUCGUCAGUACCUGCAAAGUUUCCAUGAUGUGGUGAAUGAGGAGCCAAUCUACUGGGUGGUUUCUCUGCUGCCUAGAGCGAUGCUCAGACCAUACCUGGCAAAGCACCUCCCCCUGGGGGAGCAGGCCAGACCAGGCUCCAGCCCCUGCCUCCUCCCUGGGCUAAGCCUCUUCCCGUGCCCCUGCUACCAGUUGCCCACUAAGUGGAGUGGAGAGGACCACGCGGACCAGCAGAUAGGCAAGACGCCGACAUAUAAGUCUCUUGUGGAGAAGUACCAGGCUGUGAUUGACAUCAACAAGGCUGUCAACAUCUUCAGAGUCAACAUGAUCAAUGAGAAGGCGCUCUUCACCUCCAGCUGGUUUCCCACUGGUGACGAGGAAGCAGUAGAAGACCCAAACAGCCUUUUGCUGUCUGUAGAAUCUGGUCCGGACUUAACAUUAAGACUGUAGCAGAGCACCUGUGGAAUACUGGGAGCUGUUGUGUGUGUGCACGUUUGUUUUAAACAUCAAAUUCUGACCAGAGGUCCUCAGAAAGAUUGUAAAUCAUGAAAUAUCUGCACUUGUGAAGGACUUAUGCCAGUCGUUCCCCAUGAGGAAAAAGUUAAUUUCGGCUUAGGGGUUAAGUUUGGGUUAAACUUACAAUUUGGGUCAGUGUUAGAAUUUGGGUUAUGUUUACAUUUAGGAAUUAGAGAUACUGUUAGGCAACAGGGGUUGGCUCAGUUUUGGCACAUAUGUGACGUUUUUUAGGUUAAUAUUAAAGGUGCACUAUGUAGGCUUUUACGCCACCUAUCGGCAGUGAGUUGAAUAUCGGUUCUAUUACUCCAUUGGGAUCUGGCACUAUCAUUGCUAACGAUGAGCACACUGACCAGUC